AUUUAUUAUCAUGAAUCACCCACAAUUUUUAAAGAGCAAACCUUCGCUUUAGGAAUUCCUACUUACAAUCAACAAGAUAGAAUGUUAUGUUUUGAUAUUAGUAAAAUAGGAUUAAUUGAUUUUAAUAAUAAAUCCAAUAUUAACGUAUAUUUAAAAUUUAUGGAAACCAAAUUUGAGAGUUGUUAUAUUUUUAAAAUCGAUUUAAAAGAAACGGGAAAAGAUUAUGAUUAUAAUUUUAAAUAUAAUAGUUGUUUAAAAUUCCUGGUAACCAAAAAAGAUGUAGUAAUUAACUUUCCCAAUGAACUUGUUCUUAAAGUUCUUCAAGAAUUAUUCAAAAUUUCCAGCAUCAAACAUAUGAAGAAAUUACAAAGAACAUGUAAAUUAUGGAAUGGUCUAAUUCCGGUAGUUGUUAAAGACGAAAUUAUCAAGUAUCGUUCGGAGUGGUCUUUAUGGAUUGGUUGGAAAAAUGCUGUCAAUCUCGGAUUUUAUGUUAAAACAAUUUCAUAUAAACCCACACAUAUUCUUCUACAAUUUAAUAAUAAUCCAAUAAUUCAUGAAUCAAGUGAAAUAAAUUUUGUGUUAUGUAUGAAUAAAAAAUUAUUUAAAUUAUUUAAAGUGAAAGCGGGUAAAUUAAAUAUGAGGAAACAAGGAACUCAAUCAAUUACCGAUGAAUAUGGAGGAUGUAUUUUAGUUGAUGUAUUAGAGAAUUGGAAUUUAAGAGUUAUACAUUGGAAAAUGAAAGAAGGAAUUUUUUUAAAUGCUUUUGACAAGAUUAGAUGUCAAGAAUUAAAAUUAAUUGAUAAUAACAAUAAUAGUAAUGAUAAUAAUCAUAAUAAUAAUCAUGAAUCAAUAUAA